AUGUCCAUUUCUGGGACGCUUAGCAGCUAUUAUGUCGACUCGAUCAUAAGUCACGAGAGUGAGGACGCGCCUCCAGCCAAGUUUCCUUCGGGCCAGUACGCGAACCCGCGGCAGCCGGGCCACGCCGAGCACCUGGAGUUCCCCUCCUGCAGCUUCCAGCCCAAGGCUCCCGUGUUCGGCGCGUCCUGGGCGCCGCUCAGCCCGCACGGCUCGGGGAGCCUGCCGGCCGUCUACCACCCCUACCUCCAGCCCCAGGGCGUCCCGCCGGCCGAGAGCAGGUACCUCCGCACCUGGCUGGAGCCCGCACCGCCGCGGGGCGGCGGCGAGGCGGCUCCGGGCCAGGCCCCGGCGGCGGCGGCGGUGAAGGCGGAGCCGCUGCUGGGCGCGCCUGGGGAGCUUCUCAAGCAGGGCACGCCCGAGUACAGUUUGGAAACUUCGGCCGGCAGGGAGGCCGUCCUGACUAAUCAAAGAGCCGGCUACGGGGACAAUAAAAUUUGCGAAGGAAGCGAGGACAAAGAGAGGCCGGAUCAAACCAACCCUUCGGCCAACUGGCUGCACGCUCGUUCUUCCCGGAAAAAGCGCUGUCCCUACACCAAAUACCAGACGCUGGAGCUAGAGAAAGAGUUUCUGUUCAAUAUGUACCUCACCAGGGACCGUAGGCACGAAGUGGCCAGACUUCUCAAUCUGAGUGAGAGACAAGUCAAAAUCUGGUUUCAGAACCGGCGGAUGAAAAUGAAGAAAAUGAAUAAGGAGCAGGGCAAGGAAUAA